UUAAACACCCAUCCCCUAAUAUGCAAUUUAAAGUUGCACUUGACCGGUUUUUAUGAUGUAACUAACAGCACUCGGUUAUUACCGGCGGUUAGCGAGUGGCUACGGAACGUUACACCACGUCGCCAGCAUAGCCUGACCCCCGGGGCCAAGCACGCUCCACUGUGCGCCGGGCCAACCAAGAAACAGCUUACAAAACAAGCGAUUUCAGCCGAAACCACUGCUGUUACUUCUUGUAAGUUGGUCCGGUUUAAUGUUGGGAUUAACCCAGAGCGUGUGCACUCGUUUAGUGCAAUACUGACUAUGGUAGGAAAAUACGUGGAAAAAUACCUAUUAGUAUGUAAGUAAGGUACGUGAAGCUUUUGAAAAAAUCUACUUUAAACAGCAUUUAACAUUCAUAAGCAAAGCUUAAAAUGUAAGCAACCAUAAAAACAUGGGAACCCAAAAAAUAGCGCAGGUGUACACUGAGCUUUACCGCACGGCCACGGAGAUAGCGCGCGCUGGCACCAUAGAAAGAACAAAAUUCCGCGUGUUCCAUAUUCAAACUGAGGCUCAGUGACUCUAUGGCUCAGUGCAAUCGCGGCCGCCCCGCUGCCACCAUGGCGUGCAAGACGGGUGACAGAGUGAAGUGGCGCCGGAGACGGUCUCCGCCGGCUGACGACGACGACUGCGGGAGUCUGGCCUGGCUGCUAAACUUCCGGCUGGACGAGCUGGUGAACGUGAAGGUGGAGGAGGAGGGCCCACGGCUGCGUGUGCCCGACGGCCCGCCGGCGCCGAGGAAGCCGCCAUAUACGUACCCCGAGCUGAUCGAGCGAGCGCUGCGGGAGCGCGGCGAGCUUACCGUCUCGGCGAUCUAUCAGUGGAUCUCAGACCGUUUCCCCUACUACAAAGCGAAUGACGAGCGCUGGAAAAACUCCGUCCGACACAACCUGUCCAUCAACCCGCACUUCCGCAAGGGGGCGCGCGCGUCGCAGGGCGCGGGACACCUCUGGUCGCUGGCGGCCAACGCGCUGGACCUGCUGCCGGCGCGGGGCGCCCCCGGCCCCGGCCCCGGCCCCCGAUACAUCGACCACAAGACUGAGGUGUACGUGCAGGACGCCACCAUCAUCGACUGCCCCAAGGUGAUAGUUCUGGACGAAGCCGCCAUCGCCGCCGCCAACAUCAUCCCCGACCAAGACUUGUUCACCGGCAGCACAAGUAUGUAUUCUAUUGAAAUGUUCCUGAACCCGGUCUCGUCGGAGCAGGUGGUGCGCGAGUGCGGCCUCCUCGUCGUCGACUGAAUUACCAGAAUUGUGUCAAGUUGCCUUAAAGCGAUACAGUUGAGUGGCGUGAGUUGUGACUACUUUACAUGUUGUGUUGUUGGGACAAUCUUUUCGUUAAUUUCCGUUGGUUUUAGUUUAGGUUGUAUCUUUUUAAAAGCAUGAACGUGUUUAGGUUUAUAUUUAGUUUUAAAGCCGUACGAAAUCAAUGUCCGGAGGAUAAAUAAUGGGUUAAGUUUAUGUUGUAAAUAUAUUGAAGUUUCAUAUUCUGAGAUGAAAUCAUAAAUUUUGGAAAGGUGAUGUGUUGUACUUUAAGUUCCAUAAAAUGUCAGCCUUUAUCGAAAUUGGCUCGACGCACAGUGGAUCGAAUGUAUGAGAGACGUCGGACAUAGAGGUUUCAAAAAAGUAAUGCAUAUAUUAUGAAAAACUAAAAGCUUGGACCAAC